UUUAAUUUUCAAUUUUCAAUUUUCAAUUUUCAAAUUUCAAAUUUCAAUGGCCAUGCUUAGUUCUUGUUAUGAUACUCUUUUCUAUUACAAGAGCAAACCAUCCUUUUUUGAUUCACCACAAAAAUCUGUUCUUCCCCUCCAGCCCUCCUCUCUACUAUUGCCGCCGGCAAAAGUGGAUUAUUUGGAAUCUACUAAAACCAUUAAGGAGGUCCAAGAAAGGACAAGAAGAACCCUACAAAGAGGAUUGGAUCCAACGGCUGCGAUGAAGUUGAUCGACACCCUUCAAUGGCUGGGAAUCUCCUAUCAUUAUGAAGAAGAGAUUGAUUUCUGGUUGGAGAAAUUACAGCAUUGGGAUGCUGGAGAAGAUGACUUACAUGCCACAGCUUUACGAUUUCGACUGCUUCGACAAAAUGCACGGCCUGUUAGCUCUGAUGUUUUUCGAAAAUUCAUGUUGAAAGAGCAAGACAAAGAGGGGCUAUUGAGUUUAUAUGAAGCUUCAUAUUUAGGAUCAAACGGCGAGAAUAUGUUGUCCGAGGCCAUGAAAUUCGCGGAAAAUGAAUUGAAAUCUUCGCCAUUGCAACAGCGUAUGUCGAGGCGUGUUGCCCGAGCCCUUGAGCUUCCGAGGCAUCUAAGAAUGGAGAGGUUGGAGUCAAGAUUGUACAUCGACGAAUACCGUUGUCAAGACAACCAUUGUCCCCUUCUUCUAAAGCAUGCAAUAUAUGAUUACAAUGAGGUCCAAUCAUUACAUCAAACUGAACUUGCUGAGUUAUCAAGGUGGUGGAAGGAUUUGGGCUUAAUCGAAAAUUUGGGCUUCAAAAGGGAUCGUUUGAUCGAGUGUUUUUUGUGGACGGUUGGGAUUCUCCCGGAGUCCAAAUACUCGGUUGCUCGGAUUGAAAUGGCCAAAACCAUCGCAAUUUUAACGGUCAUUGAUGAUGUGUUUGACAUGUAUGGGCCCAUAAACGAGCUUCAUCUCUUUACACAAGCAAUUCAAAGGUGGGAUCUUGAAAUGAUCGAACAACUUCCGGGGUACAUGAAAAUUUGUUAUAUGGCAUUGUACAACACAACUAAUGAAAUUGCCUUUAGGGUCCUCAAAGAACAAGGAAGAAAUGUCCUUCCUUUCCUCGCCAAAGUGUGGAUCGAUACAAUCGAAUCUUAUAUGAUCGAAGCCAAGUGGUUCAACAAGGGCAAUGUACCUUGUGUAGAAGGUUAUCUCAAAAAUGGAGUAACAACUUCGGGUUCAUACAUGGUUCUUGUGCACUUAUUCUUCUUGAUGGGCGAAGGAGUUACAAUCGAAAAUACGAAAUUAAUGGCUAAACCAUACCCUAAGCUAUUUUUAAACGCAGGAACUAUUCUUCGAUUGUGGGAUGAUCUUGGAACUACUAAGGAAGAACAAGAUCAGGGAGACAAUGCUUCGAUAAUAACUUCAUUGUUGAAGGAUAAAAGCAUCACAAGUGAAGAUGAAGCUAACGAAAACAUUAAGAGACGUAUUCGCAAUGCGUGGAAAGAUAUGAAUGGCGAGCUCUUGGAAUCGAAAAUAUUGCCAUUACCCUUGGUGAAGGCCUGUUUCAACAUGGCAAGAACGUCGCAGGUUGUCUACCAACAUAAAGAAGAUAGCUAUCUCUCCAGUGUGAAAAAAUUUGUAAAUUUUAUACUCUUAGAGCCUAUUAAUAUUUGAAAUGAUAGUUUGAAAAAUAUUCUUAGUGUUACUUCAUACAUACUUUCCCCAAACCUUUUGUUGAGAUAUUUUACGUACAGUUUAUAUGGAUUUGGUUUUAUCCAUAUAUUAGGUUGUUUAUGUCGUUUAGAUUUUAAUAUAUCGAGUCUGUAUUAUAGUUCCUAUAUAUAGGCCUUGUUUGAAUGAUCAAAUAAUACAAUUUUUGAA